GAGCGAUGGAUUUAAUUGGCUUGAUUGAGGCCGCGCCAGGCCCGUGUGGGCAAGCUGGACGCGCGCUGAGGGCAUCUCCGGCCCAACAUUCCUUAUCUAGACGCCUCUGGGGCCAAGGGCCAGCCGGCUCGGGGCUGGCCACCGCUGCUCUUUUCUUUCCGCCACCGGCCCGAUGGAAGAGCCUACCGGAAAGCCCCUCAGCUGUGAGGAGAAGGAAAAGUUGAAGCAAAAACUAGCAUUCUUGAAAAGGGAAUACAGCAAGACACUGGCCCGCCUUCAGCGUGCCCAGAGAGCUGAGAAGAUUAAGAAUUCUAUUAAGAAAACAGUAGAAGAACAAAGUUGCUUGCUUCAGCAGGAAAUUGCGCCACGGCUAAACCACUCAGAACCUAAAAAUAAAGUAUCUCCUUUUGAAAAAUUACAAAUCAGCACCCAUCUUGAUGAUGAAACUGGAGAAAAGACAUGUAUCACCCUUGAUAUUGAGCCUGAGUCAUUUAACCUUGGAGAUGGCCCAGUGGAAGAAUCACAUCUACAAAGAACAGAUGGUAUCCAAGAACAUUUUCCCUACAGGGUCAGUGACCCUGAUGGUGAGAAAAGGCAGAAUAAGCUGCCAGGGAGAGGAAAGCAGCAGCAGAAAAGAACAUUUAUUUCUCAGGGGAGAGAAUCUUCCUUUGACUGUGAUUCACUUAUACUCUCUGGAAAAAGAAUAAAGGAACAGGAAAAAAUCAAUAGGGAAAAUCCUCAGACUCCAGUAUCUGAAAUAAAAACUCACCUUUCUAGUCCUAAGCAUGAAAUUCCAGAUUCUCCAGCAUUAGUUACAGAGACUAAUGAAAGGAAUGUAUUAAUUCCACCAACUGCCAAGCCAGAAAGAGAUACUCAUGGACUCUUAAGAGGGAAUAAUUUCCCCAGGGCAACUACACUUCAUUUGCAUACUCCCUCAGAUACUAGUAGAGGCCAGCAACUUGAACACAUACCUCCUAAAGCUAACUGUGAGCUUGCUAACAUUAGCACUACUUCACCUGUAAACUUAGAGGCCCAAGGUAAAAAAAUGACUGUCUUUGUAAAUAACCCAGUGGUAAAUAAAAAUGUAAGUGCAGGUGACCAGGUGCCUGGAAGCCGUAACUUAGUGGCAGAUAAUUCAUGUUUUGUAAAUGAGCUCACUUACAAUAACUUAUUGGCAAGUGAAAACCAAAACUUAAAAGAACGGAAUCACAUUGAGAAGUCUUUAAAACCUCCCAGUAAUAUUCCUGAUGGUAGAAAUGAAAGUCUUCUGGAGAAUGAGGUUCUAAAUCAAUCUAAGAGUUUUAGCCUGGAAUCAGUCUCUCCUGUUUCUACAGAAGAUCAAACAUAUUCUUGUACAAUGCUUGAAGGUCUUCUAUUUCCUGCAGAAUAUUAUGUUAGAACAACACGAAGCAUGUCAAAUCGCCAAAGGAAUGUAGCCUUGGAAGCUGUAAAUCAGAGUCAUUUGGAUGUCAAGAAGAAAGGAUUUAAAAAUAAGGAGACAACUGAAAAUUUAAACCUUUCCUAUGAAGAAACUGACCAAAGUGAAAUUAGGGUAUCUGACACAUGGACAGGACAACCAAGUUCAAGAAGUCCUCAGAAAAUUGUCUCAUUAACUGAGGUCAGCCGUCCCACCAGACCUGCUAAAGAUAAUGACUUUUUUAGGAAGUCAGUUGCCCAGCCAUCUAGUAGAAGAAACAGAGGAAAAAGAAAAUCAACAUGCACCCCAAUAUUGGAUGAUCAUGAACUUAUUUUGCCAACUUCUGGCACAUCAGGUGUUACCAGAUCCAAGGAAGAAGUCACCUUGCACAAAUAUCAAAAUGAAAAAGAAAUUCAUGGGAAGGAUGGUCGUGGUCAAAAAGAGAACUCCCUUUUAUCCAGAGAUAAGGCUUAUUCUUUAGCUUUGGAUCGUGAUGCUUUCAAUCCUCUAUUUCAUAAGGAUGAAAUGCUAAGUUUAAAGUUUCUGUCAUCUUUUUUCAAAAUCACAGACUUUCAGUUACCUGAUGACGACUUCGGACUGCUUAAGCUCCAAAAACUGAAGUCCUGCUCAGAAAAAAUGAUUGAGUCUUUUGCAUUGAAAACAUGUGCAGAGAGGCAUCUUAAAGAGGGAAAUUGUACUGUUUGGGAGGAACUGAUUCCUAAACAGAUAGAUACAGAAAAGGAAGUCUUGGAAAAGGAACUCAUUGUUCUACCAGGAAAAGCACAUCCUAAAAUGCCAAACUUGGAAAGCCAGUCUAAGAAGGGGCUCUCUUCAUCCAUAUUACUUUUCACUCCUUCAAACACUGUUGCACCUGAUGAUAAUGACAGGCCUACAGCAGAUAUGUGUUCACCUGCCUUCCCCAUCUUAGGCACUACUCCAGCUUUUGACUCCCAGGCACACUAUGAAAAUGUGUCUGCAGAGGUUGUUGGACAUACUUGCUAUAUUCCCCAACUCUCUCAGUCGAAAGACACAGUCAGUCUUGCUAAUGAUAACAAACAAUGCAACAGUUCAAUCAGUCCCUCAAAAUUGGAUACCACCCUUCAUGUGUCAGAUAGGAAAGGACAACCAAACUGUGACUCGGGCUCCCAACCUGCACCUCUCCCCAUGGAGUCAUUAACUGCCAAAGGAAAUCAGCUACGUGGAAGUACACGCCUGGAGUUGUGUAAUGAGUCAGUUGAACAGGCUGAAAUAGCAGACCUUCCUACUUGUGAUAGCCUAAACCCAGGCAGCCUACAAUUGAUUUCUAAGUUAAAGAAUCCUUCAGGAUCCUGUUCCGUGGAUGUGAGUACCACUUGGUGGGAAAUAGCUGGUUGUAAAGAGCCAUGCAUCAUAACUGCUUGUGAAUAUGUAGUUUCUCUUUGGAAACCUCUGGAUACUUGGCAGUGGAAAAAAGUUUAUACCUGGCACUUCACAGAGGUUCCAGUAUUACAAAUAGUUUCAGUGCCUGAUGUUUGUAAUCUUGUGUGUGUGGCUUUGGGAAAUUUGGAAAUCAGAGAAAUCAGGGCAUUACUUUGUUCCUCUAAUGAUGGAAGCGAAAAGCAGUUGCUACUGAAAUCCGGAAAUAUCAAAGCUGUUCUUGGCCUGACAAAGAGGAGGCUGGUCAGCAGCAGUGGGACCCUUUGUGAUCAACAAGUAGAAAUCAUGACAUUUGCAGAAGAUGGAGGAAGCAAAGAAAAACAGUUUUUGAUGCCCCCCGAAGAGACUAUACUAACUUUUGCUGAGGUCCAAGGAAUGCCAGAAGCUCUGCUUGGUACCACCAUAAUGAACAGCAUUGUUAUUUGGAAUUUAAAAACUGGUCAGCUCCUGAAAAAGAUGCACAUGGGUGAUUCCUGCCAGGCUUCAGUCUGUCACAAAGCCUAUUCUGAAAUGGGGCUCCUGUUUGUUGUUCUGAGUCACUCUUGUGCCAAAGAGAGUGAGUGGCUGGGAAGCCCUGUGUUUCAGCUGAUUGUGAUUAACCCCAAGACGACCCUGAGUGUGGAUAUGAUGCUCUACUGUCUUCCUCAAGGGAAGGCUGGCAGGUUCCUGGAAGGUGAUGUGAAAAAUAAUUUUGCAGCAGCAGUAUUGACUUCUGGAACAAUUGCCAUUUGGGACUUACUUCUGGGUCAUUGCACUGCUCUCCUUCCACCUGUCUCUGACCAAAACUGGUCUUUCGUUAAGUGGUCAGAUACCGAUUCUUAUUUGCUGGCUGGACAGAAAGAUGGAAGUAUAUUUGUAUACCGCUGCUUAUAAGUUUGGACAAGAAGAAAACACAGUUUUCUGGAUAUAUUUGGCUUCUUCAGUACCUUUUUAGAGUUGUAAGUUUAAAGGAGAAUAGCUGAGUGAUGUUUAAAGUAACUAGUCUUACUCAUUCAGACUCAUUUUUUUUUCUGGUGGUGGUGGCCCUACUGAUCUUGAAUAAUCAUUAUACUUACUUUGCAGGAAGGAGUUUUAGGCUGUUUUUUAUAAUUCCCCACAUUUGCUCUUAAAGAUGUAUAUACAGUAGGUUUAAGCUUCAAAUGUUAAUAAAUAUUUAUUUUGAUACAUUCUGCUUGGCAUU